AUGUCGACUAAGGUGAAAGGCCUUCUUAAAGGACUUAGAUACAUUUCACAAAUAUUUGAUGAGAAAGAAGAUGAAAUUCAAAUUGGAUUCCCAACAGAUGUAAAACAUGUAGCACAUAUUGGAUCAGAUGAUCCUUCAGCAAAUGCACCUAGCUGGAUGAAUGAGUAUAAAGGAACAAAUCCAUCUGGAACAAUAGACGUUACUGAGACACAUGAAGAAGACAAUAACAAAUCAUCAAAUCCAAAAGAAAAAUCAUCAAAGAUUCGACAUCUAAUUCCAAAAUCAAGACACCAAUCAAUUGACACUGAAGCCAACUCAACGACCAAGAAACACACGCGCCGCCAUCUCCGAUCAUCGGAUCCAUCUGCAGAAAGCUCAGCACAAGACUCCUCGGGUGGUUCUCGACAUAGACGACAUCGUCGUGGCUCAAAUCACGACCCUGAUUCACAAUCAUCCGAUGCUCCAUCGGGCAAAACCCAUCGGAGAAAAUCCAAGACUUCAGAAGAUGGUUCCGUGCGAAAGCCUUCUUCAAGAAGAUCAUCUAAAGGAGAUUCAUUAACCGAUAUCUCUAUUACAGAUUUCGGAUCUGGGUCUGUAGCAGAAAUUGAAAAUGAAUCUAAAUAG